AUGAAACUUGAUGAAGAUGUUAAGAUGAUCAGUGCAGAAGCUCCAGUUCUUUUUGCCAAAGCUGCUCAGAUUUUUAUAACAGAGUUGACGCUGCGUGCCUGGAUUCACACAGAGGAUAACAAAAGAAGAACGUUGCAGAGGAAUGAUAUAGCCAUGGCGAUCACCAAGUUUGACCAGUUUGAUUUCCUCAUUGACAUUGUUCCUCGUGAUGAGUUAAAGCCUCCAAAACGUCAGGAAGAAGUCCGGCAGACAGUCACACCAGCAGAACCCGUCCAGUACUACUUUACUUUGGCCCAACAACCAGCAGCUGUGCAAGUACAAGGACAAACAACUGGUCAACAGAAUUCAUCCUCUACAACUACCCUGCAGCCUGGGCAGAUUAUAAUUGCUCAGCCUCAACAAGGACAGAGUACGCCAGUAACAAUGCAAGUUGGAGAAGGGCAGCAGGUCCAGAUUGUCCAGGCCCAACCACAAGGGCAGGCACAGCAGGGACAGAGCGCAACAGGACAAACUAUGCAGGUUAUGCAGCAAAUAAUCACCAACACAGGAGAGAAAUCCAGCAGAUUCCAGUUCAGCUUAACACAGGGCAGUUGCAGUACAUACGUCUUGCGCAGCCUGUAUCUGGGACACAGGUGGUGCAGGGGCAGAUCCAGACCUUAG